AAGGGGGGCGUGUCACCAUGGUAAUUGUCCGUCCCCCUUAAUAGACCUAAUCAAUACCUGCUCCAGCUGAUCUCAGGGCCAUUCAUUAGAGCUGCAAACAGGACAAUGACAGGGCACCGCUGGGGAUACGGGAAAGACGACGGUCCUUCAGCAUGGCAUACACACUACCCAGCUGCCAAAGGAAGCCGCCAGUCCCCCAUUGACAUCAUACCUGAUGAGGCCAGACGUGACAGCAGCCUGCGUCCUAUUUUCCUGGGGUAUGACAGGUGCACAUCCCUUAACAUUGCCAACAAUGGACACUCUGUGGUUGUGGAGUUUGAUGACUCUGAUGAUCGCUCAGUGAUUCAAGGAGGCCCUCUUGAGCACCCUUAUAGACUGAAGCAGUUUCAUUUCCACUGGGGUGGAAAAGGUUGCGAAGGAUCCGAGCACACUGUAGCAGGAGUUGGAUAUGCAUCAGAGCUGCAUUUAGUUCACUGGAAUGGCUACAAGUACAAGACAUUUGAAGAAGCAUCAACUGCUCCAGAUGGUCUUGCUGUUCUUGGCAUCUUUUUGGAGCUAGGUGACGACCACAGAUGGCUCCCCAUGAUUACAGAUGCUCUGUACAUGGUUAAAUUUAAGGGAAGUGCCAUAGAUUUCAAAGGUUUUAACCCCAAGUGCCUCCUACCCAGCAGCCUCCACUACUGGACUUACCUGGGGUCACUGACCACUCCUCCCUUGCAUGAGAGCGUCAUCUGGAUUGUCCUGAAGGAGCCAAUUGUUGUCUCAGAUAAGCAACUGGGGAUGUUCCGAAUGCUUCAGUUCAAUAGUGAAGAGGAAAAUCAGAGGACGCGCAUGGAGAACAACUUCAGGCCUCCCCAGCCUCUCAAAGAUAGGAUAGUACGCUCCUCUAAUUAAAGUCACCUCUGUACAUAUCCACCUGUAGGCAAACUUUCAUUGGAGUCCGCUUUAACUAUUGUUUAAGUAGCUUUAUUGAUUAAUUUUGCACAUUGUAAUGUAAUAAGCUUUUCUGCCAGAACAAAGCUAUUGUUUAUUUUAUGUUUUAUCUGUGGGUCUAAAAUCGCAGUAACAGAAAUUACUUGUCAAAAAAAAAAAAAAAGAAAGAAAAAGAAAAAAAACAUACCGGUAAGUUUAAAAUCCAAUUGCUCUCUGCAGCAGUGAAACACUGACAACAAGCUGCACAGCCUGAGCCUAAAUGGUUCUGUUAGUAAGAGUGGACAUGAAUUUCUCUGGUUCUUCAAAUUGUCUGACAAUUAGUUUCCACAAGGGCAAUUUUUAGUCUUUGACAAUAACGCAUAUGAUUUGUAAUAUCAGCAGCAGUUGUUCCAUGUUUAAACUGCAGUCUACUGGUUUCAUAUUUCCAAUUUGCAUGAGGAUUAGCAAACACUAUGAAGUUAACCUAUAUUCUUGUCUGACAUUUGGAAGUUAUGAUUGGUCUAUGUAAUGAUUGUGCAAACAUUUAGUUUAUGGGUGCCUCCAAAAUUUUUUAGAUUUAUCAUACUGAAAUUUACAUUGAGAUUAAUAAAAUGUUAAACCUUU